AGUUCUUAGAGGGAAUGACGCAGGCAUUUCUUUUGCAGCGUUGGACUUUCGUUUUAUAAGGAAUUAUGACACUGAGCCGUGGCCCGUACAGCGAGCUCGAUAAAAUGAGCCUUUUUCAAGACCUCAAACUCAAACGGCGGAAAAUCGAUUCGCGAUGCAGCAGUGACGGCGAGUCCAUUGCGGACACGUCCACCUCGUCGCCGGAUCUGCUGGCUCCCAUGUCGCCCAAGCUGUGCGACAGCGGCAGCUCCACGGGAGGAGGUGGUCCUGGUGGAGCCGGAGGUGGUGGCGGCGCCGGUGGCGGUAUCGGUGUGAUGGCAACAUCUGGAUCUGGUGUGGGAUCCGGACUAGGCUCCCUGCCCCUGCCCAUGGCGCUGCCCUUGCCCCUGCCACUGCCACUGCCACUGCCACUCAGUGCAUCCUCGCCGGCGGUAACCGUAUCCUUGGCGGCAGUGGUGGCAGCCGUGGCGGAAACGGCGGGAGGCGGCGGUGGAGGUGGAGGAGGAGGAGGAGGAGCAAGCACAGCGGUCUCCACAUCGUCGACAACAGCGGCGGUGGCCACCUCCUCGACAUCCUCCACAACGCUCUCCUCCGCCUCAUCAUCAUCAUCCUCCGCCUCAUCAUCAGCAUCAUCCUCAUCAUCAUCCAGCACAUCGCCCAACGCUGGAGCGGGGGCUGGAAGUGCAACAGCUGGUGCUGGAACUGGAAUUGGAGCCUCCUCCACAUGUCCCGCCAGCAGCAGCAGCAGCAGCAGCAGCAACAGCACUGUCAAGAAUCACAUCAAGCAGGAGCCGCACCAAGCGGAGAUCCAUUCCUCCAGCAGUGCGAUCUCAGCGGCAGCUGCCUCCACGGUAAUGUCACCGCCACCGUCACAGCAGCAGGCAGAGCCAACGAUUGGAGCUGGUACCGGUGGCAUUGCAUCUGCUGUUGCCAGCAACCAGGAACACCAAAACAAUAAUGGCAGCAACGGCAGCAAUGGUGGCAGCAGUCGAGCCUCACCCGAUUCCCUCGAGGAGAAGCCAUCGACCACAACGACGACGGCGGCGGCGGCGGCGGCUUCAACGGUGGUGCCCACCAAUGGUGUUGUAUCCUCCGUUUCCAGUGUGGCCGGUAGCACGAGCGCCAAGCUAACCGAAGCGGGCAUGAGUGUGAUACGAUCUGUGAAGGAGGAGCGUCUACUCAGUGUGUCCACCAAAAUGCUGGCCUUUCAGCGGGAACAGGAAUCCAAAGCGGCGCAAGCAGCAGCGGCAGCAGCAGCAGCAGCAGGACAUGUGACAGUGCUAGUGACACCCUCGCGUAUCAAGUCAGAGCCACCGCCACCCAUAGCCUCGCCCUCCUCCACAUCCAGCACGCAAAGGGAACGUGAACGUGAACGAGAGCGGGAACGAGAGCGGGAACGGGAGCGGGACCGCGACCGCGAGCGCGACCGGGACCGGGAGCGAGAGCAAUCGAUUAGCUCAUCGCAGCAGCAUUUGAGUCGCGUAUCCGCCAGUCCGCCAUCGCAUGGCUCCCUGGGACAAUCGGCCAUUGUCCAGACACACCAUCUCCAUCAGCAGCUCACCCAGCCGCUGACGCUGCGCAAAAGCAGCCCGCCCACAGAGCAUCUGCUUAGCCAGUCCAUGCAGCAUCUAACCCAGCAGCAGCAGCUACAUCUGCAUCAUUUGCUGGGGCAACAGCAGCAGCAGCAUCAACAGGCGCAGCAGCAGCAGCAGCAGCAGCAGCAGCAGCAGCAUUCACCGCAUUCUUUGGUGCGUGUCAAGAAGGAGCCCAAUCAGGUGAGCCAACGCCACCUGUCGCCGCAUCACCACCAGCAGCAACAGCAGCAGCAGCAUCUCCACCAGCAACAGCAGCAGCACAAUCUCCAUCAGCAGCAACACAAUCUUCACCAGCAACAGCAGCAGCAGCAGCAGCAUCAACAGCAGCAGCAGCCCCAGGCUUUGGCCCUAAUGCAUCCCGCCUCGCUGGCUCUGAGGAACAGCAACCGGGAUGCGGCCAUACUGUUUCGGGUGAAGAGCGAGGUGCACCAGCAGGUGGCCGCCGGAUUGCCGCAUUUAAUGCAAUCCGCUGGUGGAGCAGCGGCGGCAGCAGCUGCUGCUGUGGCAGCCCAGCGGAUGGUAUGCUUCAGCAACGCCCGGAUCAAUGGAGUCAAACCGGAGGUGAUUGGUGGACCGCUGGGCAACCUGAGGCCCGUCUCCGUCUCCGGCGGUGGCAAUGGCAGCGGCGGUAAUGGAGGUAAUGGUGGCAAUGGCGGCAUACCAGGUGGUGGCUCCGUUCAAUGCCCCUCACCGCAUCCCUCCAGCAGCUCGUCCUCGUCGCAGCUAUCACCGCAAACCCCAUCGCAGACGCCGCCAAGGGGUACACCCACGGUGAUAAUGGGCGAAAGCUGUGGCGUUCGUACCAUGGUCUGGGGCUAUGAGCCGCCACCGCCAUCGGUGGCCCAGCAGCAGCAGCAGCAGCAGUCGCAGCAGCAUCCAGGACAGCAUACGCAACAGCAGUCACCGCAUCACCAGCAUACACAGCAGCAACAAUCCCAGCAGCAGCAGCAGCAGCAGCAGCAACAGCAGCAGCAGCAGCAGCAUUGCCUGUCCUCGCCAUCGGCGGGUUCAUUAACGCCCAGCUCCUCCGGCGGCGGUUCGGUAUCCGGCGCGGGCACGCCCUCAUCCGUAACGCCGCAGAAUAACGAGGAAGCCGCCCAGCUGCUGCUCUCCCUGGGCCAGACCCGCAUCCAGGAUAUGCGAGCAAGGCCGCAUCCCUUUCGCACCCCGCACGCACUCAAUAUGGAGCGCCUGUGGGCGGGUGACUACUCCCAGCUGCCGCCUGGUCAACUGCAGGCGCUGAAUCUCAGCGCCCAGCAGCAGCAAUGGGGCAGCUCGAAUUCGACGGGCCUGGGCGGUGGCUCCCUAGCUGGAGCACUGGGUGGACGCGGCGGUGGCGUAGGCAGUGGCCUAGAAGCGCCGCAUGAACCCACCGACGAGGAUGAGCAGCCGCUGGUGUGCAUGAUCUGUGAGGACAAGGCCACUGGCCUGCACUAUGGCAUUAUUACAUGCGAAGGGUGCAAGGGCUUCUUCAAGCGAACGGUGCAGAAUAGACGCGUCUACACCUGCGUGGCGGAUGGAACCUGCGAGAUAACCAAAGCACAGCGCAACCGUUGUCAGUAUUGUCGAUUUAAGAAGUGCAUCGAGCAGGGCAUGGUGCUGCAAGCCGUUCGCGAGGAUCGCAUGCCUGGCGGUCGCAAUAGCGGCGCCGUCUACAAUCUAUACAAGGUCAAGUACAAGAAGCACAAGAAGACCAACCAGAAGCAGCAGCAACAGGCCCAGCAGCAGCAUCAGCAGCAGCAGCAACAGCAGCAGGCGCAGCAGCAGCAUCAGCAGCAGCAGCAGCACCAGCAGCUUCACUCGCCGCUGCAUCAUUUGCACCAUCAGGGCCACCAGGUUGUGGGCCACCAGGUGGGACAUCAUCCACAGCAGCAGCAUCAUCCCCAGCUAUCGCCGCAUCACCUGCUCUCGCCGCAGCAGCAGCAAUUGGCCGCUGCCGUUGCAGCAGCAGCACAGCAGCAGCAGCAGCAACAGCAGCAGCAACAACAGCAGCAGCAGCAGCAACAGCAGGCCAAGCUGAUGGAUAUGAAGCCCAUGUUUCUGGGUCCCGUGCUCAAACCAGAGCUCCUGCAGGCCCCACCCAUGCACAGUCCAGCGCAACAGCAACAGCAGCAGCAGCAGUCGUCACCGCAUCUGCAGCUGAGCUCCCCGCACCAGCAGCAGCAGCAGCAACACCAUUCAAAUCAUCACCAGCAAUCGAGUGGAGGUGGUGGUAAUGGUGGAGCUGGCUCUGGUGGUGGAGUGGCCGGUGGUGGCGCCCAGUUGCCGCCGCAUCUGGUUAAUGGAACGAUACUGAAAACGGCACUGACCAAUCCCAGCGAGAUUGUACAUCUGCGUCAUCGUUUGGACUCGGCAGUUAGCUCGUCCAAGGAUCGACAGAUCUCGUAUGAGCAUGCCCUGGCCAUGAUCCAGACCCUAAUCGAUUGCGAUGCCAUGGAGGAUAUUGCCACGCUGCCGCAUUUCAGUGAGUUCUUGGAGGACAAGUCCGAGAUCAGUGAGAAGCUGUGCAACAUCGGCGACUCCAUUGUGCACAAGCUGGUCUCGUGGACAAAGAAGCUGCCCUUCUAUCUGGAGAUACCCGUGGAGAUUCACACCAAAUUGCUGACGGACAAGUGGCAUGAGAUCCUAAUCCUGACCACCGCUGCCUAUCAGGCGCUGCAUGGCAAGCGACGCAGCGAUCCAGGAUCGGGUGGCCAGGGCCAGGGACAGGGUGCGAUAACUGGUGCUGGCACCGGAGUGGGUGUGGGCAGCAGCAGGCACGGUUCACCGGCAUCAACGCCGCUGGCAACGACACCGACAACAACGCCACUGCCAUCGCCCGCCCAGCCCCUUCACAAGGACGAUCCAGAGUUCGUCAGCGAGGUGAACUCGCAUCUGAGUACGCUGCAGACCUGCCUCACCACGCUAAUGGGCCAGCCCAUUGCCAUGGAGCAGCUGAAGCUGGAUGUGGGUCACAUGGUGGACAAGAUGACCCAAAUUACCAUCAUGUUCCGUCGCAUCAAGCUCAAAAUGGAGGAAUAUGUCUGCCUCAAGGUCUACAUACUGCUGAAUAAAGCAGAAGUGGAACUGGAGAGUAUCCAGGAGCGGUACGUUCAGGUUUUACGCUCCUACCUGCAGAACUCAUCGCCACAGAAUCCGCAGGCGCGGCUCAGUGAGCUUCUAUCCCACAUACCAGAGAUCCAGGCCGCAGCCAGUUUGCUGCUCGAGAGCAAGAUGUUCUAUGUGCCCUUCGUGCUGAAUUCGGCGAGCAUAAGGUAGCAGAUGCUUGAGCAUGGCCU